GGACGAGUGAAGAGCUGGCUGGACUGGACUGGACUGGAACCCAGCACAUCACAUAUUUAUCUUCAGCCUUGCCUGCGCUUGAUGUCCAAAGCCUCAAUGGACAAACAUAAGCAAUUGUUGUUACCGUUGCCUCUAGUCCUAUCGUGCCAUCUACUGUUAUGAACAAUUGCUGCUCUUGCCCGUCCAUCCACAUUGCUUUGGGAUCGUCAACUCCUUUCGGAACCGCAUGAAGGGAAGCAUCUGCAUGCAAGAUUCGCACAUACCGCUCCGCUCCAUCUAUUUAUUUCUAAGGCUCAACGAGGCUGCGACGGGAUGACAACUUUCUCCAUACUUCACCUCACCACACGCGGCCACGCCGUGUAGGACACCAUCAGCACUCAAGAGUCCAAUUCUCCGACUGCCAUUCUGAAGGUAAUCGAGCUUCCCUGUCUCGUGGCAUUGAAUGCACAACACCACCGGGGAAGCUCGCGGAACCACUUUCUCCACCUCAUAUGAUAAUCCUCUCCUUUCCUUAUUACCCUCUAUCUGUGGUACAAUCGAGUCACAGGUGGUUCCAAAAUGCCCCAUCUCAUACCCCCUUUCUCCCCUCCUCCAAGCGCACUAAUCAAACAGCCCACCUGUUAGCGGCGGGUUUGAUUUCCUUCUUCAACGCCAGGAACCACCUCCCAAACCGUCACGCGAUGGAACAGAACUGCCUACAAAAACCAGGGAGGACGGCUGUUUCUUUUUCUACUCUUGCGCACGAUCUUCCCGCCAUUCACUGAAGCCGAUAAAAUAGAAUCUUCUCCUAGAGAUUCACAACCCACAACUCUGAAGCCAUUGUCCGACCACAAAUUACCCCGCCAAAACCAAAACCCCCACCAUGGCAGGCACAGUUCCAGUCGCAAAGUCCUUGAAGGACAUCUACACCGAAGAUGCCCUCUCUACACAGACAACAAGAUGGGAAAAGCUUCUUAAACAAUUCAAAUCCAAUUAUGGCAGCACUCCAGACUUCGUCUCGCGCUCACCAGGUAGAGUCAACAUUAUCGGCGAGCACAUCGACUACUCCCUCUACUCCGUCCUUCCCAUGGCUAUAACGGCAGACGUGCUCCUCGCAGUACGGGUGAUUGACGACUCACAAGCCCCAGAAGGAAGCUACAAGAUCAAAGUCUCCAACGUUCAGUACGAAAAGUUUCCCGCCCAUGAAUUCGAUAUUCCUUACGAGACCGUCGAAAUCGAUGCCAAAGUCCAUGAAUGGACAAACUAUUUCAAAUCUGGCCUACGAGGCGCAUUGGAGCUUCUGCGAGCGAAAAAUGGAGCAGGAUAUAAACCGAAGAGUAUGGAGAUAUUGAUGGACGGUUCUGUGCCUGCUGGUGGUGGUUUAAGCAGUUCUGCGGCUUUUGUCAGCGCAUCUGCUCUGGCAGUCAUGUUCGCCAAUGGAGAGAAGGAAGUCGAUAAAACAGCUCUGACCGAGCUAGCCAUUGUCAGCGAGCGUGCUGUGGGUGUGAACUCUGGUGGAAUGGACCAAUCUGCCUCGGUCUUUUCCCUCCGAGGUUCCGCACUCUUCGUCUCCUUCGUCCCAAACCUCACAGCACGACCCGUCUACUUCCCCAAAACCAACCCAGAACUCUCCUUUGUGAUCGCUCAAAGCUUUGUCCAAUCCGACAAGCAAGUUACCGGACCCGUCUGCUACAACCUCCGUGUAGUAGAAUGCAGUCUAGCAGCCGCCUACCUGAACGCCAUCCUCAACAAGACCAAAACACCGCUCCCAUCUGAUUCCGGCCCAUUAGGAAUCUCCCUCCACGGUCUCCAAUCCACAUACUUCUCCCACAGCAAUCUCUCAAACGAAGACCAACUCACCGAGCUCGUCGCCCUCACCAAAUCCACACUCACCAAAGAAGAAGGCUACACCCGCGAAGAAAUCGCCGAAGUCAUCUCCCUCUCCGUCCCAGAACUAAACGAGCGCUUCACAUCCACCUUCCCCGUCCGCGCCGAGAAAUUCAAGCUCCGCCAACGUGCCCUCCACGUCUUCACCGAAUCCCUCCGCGUCCUGAAAUUCCUCUCCAUCCUCGAAAACCCCUCAAAAUCCACCUCCUCCGCCGACACAACAGCAUUCAACCAACAGCUCGGCGAUCUCAUGAACGCCACCCAGGACAGCUGUCGCGACGUGUACGAGUGCUCGUGUCCGGAAAUCGACCAGCUGUGCGCUAUCGCGCGCAAGGCUGGUAGUUAUGGGAGUCGGUUGACUGGUGCGGGCUGGGGUGGCUGUAGUGUGCAUCUUGUGCCGGCGGAUAAGGUCGAGGCGGUUAGGGAGGCGUGGGAGAGGGAGUAUUACAGUAAGAUGACGUUGAGUGAGGAGCAGAAGAGUGCUGCAGUGGUGGUUAGUAGGCCUGGGAGCGGGAGUGCGGUUUUUGUUGUUGAGGGAGAGAGUGUGGUUUGAUUGGGAAUUGUGGAAAGGGGAGCUUUGAUUAGUGAAUAGGAGUCUUGAGAUAUUGGGUGGUGGAAAAUGGGAGGGAUGAUUGCAUGCAUGGUUAGGGGUGAAUGGUGGUUAGAUGAAUAGAUAGCGUGAUAUACUUGCAUAUAGACCGAAAGAAACUAAUCAACUGUCUCUCAAAACACUCGUUGCUUACCUGAAAAGACUUGAUGGAGAAACUGGAUGCUAAAUAUCACAAAUGACUCAAUACUA